AUGGAAGGCGUGAGACACGAUCAACAACAGCAACCCCCAGGGUGGGCAGGUGGUGACGAGUGGGAGGAGCAUCGAGGGAGAAUUCAGGAGCUUUACCAGAGCCAAAAUCUGUCGUUGAAGGAAGUGAUGAGGAUCAUGGAAGAGCAUUGUGGAUUCAGGGCGACACAACGGAUGUAUAAAACUCGGAUCAAGGCCUGGGGACUGGACAAGAACUUCAAGGAGUCGGAAGUGGUAGAGCUCUUCCGGUUGAGACGGGAGAGGGAGAAGCUCGGGAAACCAACCACUUAUAGAAUACGAGGUCGCGAGAUCGACUGGGACCGCGUCAAUAACUACGUUAAACGGAAAGGGCUGGACAUCGCCCGGCUGCUCGAGGCCGACCGGCCCCGCAGCCCGGCAGUAGCGCGUGAAAUAACUUGCCGAACUCCCUCUCCUAUUUCAGGACACCAUCGACAUUACCAACAUGAACCAUUGGCUAGCACUCCGUCCCUCUCUUCAUCAGCCGGAUCGGAUCACUACACCCACAAUGUGCCGCCAUUCACAAAACCAAUGACCGCGUCAUCCGCCCCCAUCAUGGCCGGGAUGGAUGCCCGAACUACUAACUCGACACCGUAUCCCGCAUAUACACAGUCUUAUUCUCCCACACAAGCCCUUCGAUCGCCAGCCACCUUCGGUCACUCCGAAACUCUACCUCCUGUUGGACACUCCGUAGCCAUCCAUUCCUUCCAAAGGUUUUUGACUCGCAUCUACAAGACCCUCCUCUACGAAGAUAACGACAAGACCUGGGGCACAACACAAUACUGGCUAGGGUACUCGCACGCGUUAGAGUGGCUGAUGACGAUCCGCUACAAAACCGCCUUUUACCGUGACAUCUUGGUGCAGCUAUCCUCCGAUUCCGGUGGUGGCGCCAACGUCAGCAUAGCCGCCCGGGAUAUUGUCCGUCGUUUCCGCACCAUCAACAGAUCGUUCGCUAUGCUCGAGCCCAUGGUCCAGAGCGUGAUCGGGGCCAAAUUCUACUACAUUAUCAACUUCGUCUACGCUUUUGGGUUGUGUGCGGACGUGGCUCAACUGCCAGUAGCGUAUCCGCUGGUCUCGAUUGCUAGGGUACUGCUUGACGAAACACAUAAUGCUUGCUCGGCACCACAUCCUCUGCCGGUAUUGCCCGGUGGACUUGCUGAUGGUGGCCGGCCCGGAGAAAUGAUGGGAAUAGCUUACCAACGCAGUAGCUGCAGUGGUGUCGCCAAUGGUGGUGGUCGAGCCGCCGCCGCCGCCGCUGAACAGGAGGGUUUCAUGUCAGCUGCCGGGUAUGAUGCCGACUAUUACCUGUCUCUGUCACACCCACCAUACCUGAACGUGAACAGCAGCAGCAAUAGUCAGCCGAUCGACCACCAUCACCAUUCAGACACAUCUGCAUCCGCAUCGAGGCGGCUCAUGUUCGACAGCAGCAGCCACGACUUCAAAGACUCCGCCGAGCGGUUUCUGAACACGGUACUUGAGCAGACAGUUAAAGACUUGGGUGUGUCGCCGGUAUCCCUAGAGUCGUUUUUGCUUCUCAGGGAUACGAUGGACGGUCGACCCAUCCUGGGUCCUCAUAUCCCGUUUCCUGCAUCAUCGUCGCCCUCGGCACCGUUAUCAGUGGCCGCCAACGCGAACGUCCGAAGACCGGCUGUCGAAGUUCCAGAACAAAGAGUCUUCAACCCCAACCCAAACCCCUCGGCUUGCCCAUCAACAAACAACCACCACCCACCACCACCAGCACCACCAUUGCAAGAUCAAGAAGAACACCGACAGAAACAAGAUCUUGCCAAAAAGCUCCUCCAAGAAGCCACAUCCCACCUGAAAUCCGCCAUAUGGCUGCUCUCCCACGGCAAAGACGCACAAGCCGAGUCAUACCUUUCAUCAGUUAUCACUACAACCGAGAAUUUGUUGUCUGCUAGUAGUAGCACUAGUACCUCUUCACUAGAGUCUCAAACUCAAAGCACCAGCGGCAGCGGCAGCAGCGAAAUUCCAUUUCCCAGCGUUUCCCUCAAGAUGUUACUUAGGAAUGACUCGUCGUCGUCGUCGUCAUCGAUGGUGACCAAGACUGCCAAAGUGAUUGGUAGGUGUGCACAUUAUCACCUUGCCAGGUUAUAUGGGAGGCGCAUACGAGCGGGAGGAUGGGAGGGAACUGGAAUGAGGGAGAAGGAAAGAGAGCAUCUGAUAAAAAGCACGGAGGGAACGGCGCUGUUUGAUGAGUAUGUGCAGUGGGAGGAGGUAGAGUUUUUGUUUUAA